AUGUCUCAUAAACUCACUUCUGUCCUUUCGAACAGAACCAUGGCCGGCAUGUCGCCGGUCAGGUCCAUCGACGCAAAGCAUGCUCAGGGCGAGGAAGACCUUCUUGCCGAAAUUGGGUACAAGCAGGAGCUGAACAGAACGUUUUCGACUUUCCAGGUGUUCGGCAUUGCCUAUAGUAUUAUGGGAUUGCUUCCAUCUAUUGCCUCUGUGACGGGUACUGGUCUAAGUUCUGGUCCUUCUGGCUUUGUGUGGUCAUGGAUCGUUGCAUCCAUUUUUAUCUUCCUUGUUGGUGUCUCCAUGGGUGAGUUGGCUUCGGCUAUUCCAACAAGUGGAGGUUUAUAUUUCUGGACAUAUCACUACGCUCCGGCGAAAAUCAAGGUCCCACUGUCUUACAUGAUCGGACUUUCCAAUUCCAUGGCUCUGUGUUGUGGAAUGGUGAGUAUUGCCUAUGGAAAUGCAGAAGAGAUCCUCGCUGCAGUGUACCUGUCAAAAAACGGAGACUUUGAGAUCACCAGUGCUAGAACCUACGGUGUGUUUGCAGCCUGUAUCUUCUCCCAAGCCAUCUGCACCUGCAUCAGCUCCAAGAGAAUUGCUUGGUUGCAAACCACCUCGACUGUUUGCAACACGGGUCUGAUUGUUCUAUUUUUGAUUGCCGUUCCAAUUGGUACCAAGAUCAACAGAAAAGAGUUCAACGGUGGAGAGUUCAUUUUCUCGAAGGUUGAAAACUUCUCAGACUGGCCUAUCGGAUGGCAAUUCUGUUUGUCGAUGAUGACAGCCGUCUGGACAAUCGGAGCGUUCGACUCGUGCGUGCACAUGUCUGAGGAAGCUCGUAAUGCCAGAUACGGUGUUCCUUUGGGUAUCAUGGGAUCUAUCGGAGCCUGUGGAAUCUUGGGAUGGUGUCUCAUUAUCUGUACAGUUGCUUGCAUGAGCACAGAUGUUCAGUCUGUUUUGGAAUCUGACACUGGCUUCCCAAUGGCCCAAAUCAUCUAUGACUCUUUGGGACGUCGUUGGGCUAUUGCCAUGAUGUCCCUCAUGGCUGUGUGUCAAUGGCUAAUGGGAUCGUCCAUCAUGACCGCUCUCUCUCGUCAAAUCUGGGCUUUCGCCAGAGAUGACGGACUACCAUUCGCAAACAUUGUCAAAGUGGUCGACAAGCGUUUGAAGGUGCCAAUUAGAGCCGUCAUUUUCUCCUCCAUUGUGGCAUACAUGAUCGGGUGUUUGUGUCUGGCAGGAUCCACUGCCUCCAACGCCUUGUUCUCUCUUGGUGUUGCUGGAAACUACCUUGCCUGGUGCAUGCCUGUGUUCCUCAAACUUACCAGUGGACGCAAACUCUUCACUCCUGGUCCUUUCUACACCGGAGACUUGUUCUCCCCACUCAUUGGAUGGACUACCUGUGCAUGGGGAGCCUUCAUCAUCAUCCUUUGCAUGUUUCCUUCGGACAAAGAGGUGUCGAAGACAACGAUGAACUACACGGUGGUUAUUACCUGCGGAACCUGGCUCUUGUCGCUCUUCUAUUACUACGUGUACAAGUACAAGUUCUACUUCGGACCAAAGUCCAACUUGUCACCAGAAGAUGUCAUUGAAGCAGCCUUGGUCGUUGGAAAACAAGACUCUAUGUAA